AUGACGGAAACCUCACCCCCGCCAUCCUCGAGACGCUUCUCACCGACCCCAGUCGAAACUACGGUCAAGAAGAUUCGACGAUUCGCAGUCGAACCUGUGGAAACAACGACUCGAAGUAGUAAGAAGGAAGAAGCCCCAGUUGAGAAUGAGUCUACUGCGGAGAAGAAGGACGCUGCUCCUGCGAAGAGACGCUUCGCGCCGGAACCCGUCGAGACAACAUUUAAGAGCAACAGGCAUGCUGCCAAUCCGCUGCCUACCCCAGAACCCACUCCAGUCUCAAUACCUGAAGACUCGCCAGAUGAGGAAACACCCAAGCCGAGGAGAAAAUUCGUGCCAGAGCUGAUUGAGACAACCAAGAGAUCCAAGAGGGCGGGUGACACAAGGCCAGCUACUCUGCCCACAGAUAAGACCGAUCUCACUCCUGGGGUGCCAAAUAUCUAUACUCGACCAAAACGAAAGGUCCCCCGCCCUCCUGUCGUUCCAAUACCACCAGACAAUACCCCCAAUUCAAGCUCUGUCAAUAUACAAACCAUACCGCCAUUACCUCCUCGAAGACAGCCCUCCAUGCGACCCCACCCGAACACAAGACGAAGUACAAGACAGAAUUCUUUCCAACCAGAACUAGAAGCUAUACCUUCAGACUCCAAUUCGGAAGAGAAUUCGGAAGACGAGGAUGGCACACCGUCACUCACAGGAUCCUACGGAUCCUCGGAAGAUUCACAGAUGAGAUUACAAUUGGCACGCACAAGAGAGAGCUGUGAUGACAGGUUCUCGGGAUAUCUGCUUGCUCUUGCGGCAAAGGCAGCAGAGAAGCAAUUACGAGAACAAGCUCUAGCGGCUUUCCCAAACGAGUCAAUGCACGAGAUUGUGGAACAUUUCUACGACAGAGAGAUAGAAGGAGCCUCAGACGAAGAGACUGUGGAAGGCGUGGGUCUCUUGAUUGAUGAUCCUCAGCUCAGUGUCAUACGGCGCAAGUCUACGGAGGUUGGUUGGGCUGCAAAAGAGAUGCAGGCGCACCAAGAGAAGCUCAAUCGGUUGCGGGAAGACGAGACGCACAAGAAGGUGGCGGCAGAGGCAACACAACCUUCUUUCAAGGACCCCUUCUGGACCAACGGCAUGACAGUGAAGAACGCAGCAUUUGCUCGUGGUGAAGAGCCUGUUGAUGCCCAGAAGGAAGCGGAGCUCGCCCGGAUGCGUUCAGCUGCAUCGCCGCCCAUGCUUGGUGGAGACCUCAAGUUCCGGAUGUGCCCGUCCCCUAAAGCCACCAAGUUUGAAACAGACCAGCGGAUGGACAUCCAGCCCAAUCGCAGCGACACGGGCGGUGGUCUAUGGGGUGGAUACUGUGUUGCUGACGAACCUGGGGUGUUCCUCAGCCCGAAUACCAUGAAAGGUCCUGCCCUUAUCCAGACCCCUCGUAACGAAACACAUUCAGAUCCGUUUUCUUCCGCGUUCGCAAGCGAGAUUCCGGGAGCGGGAGCUAAGAGCCCCAAUAAGGCAAACGGACAUGCGCACGAAGGUGGGGUAAGAAUGCUGGCUGGUCUCGACGAGAGGUUGAAGGCCGAGGUUACGAGAAGCAAAGUGGAAGAUGCUCUGUUACAGGAAUUUGAUGAUACGUUCGUGACGCAGGUCUAUAAUUACCUUUCGCUUGGUUACCCCUCACUUGCUCGCCAGUACGACGAAGAAUUAGCGAGGAUCAGCAGGAUCUCGGAACUUGAGUUGAGAGUCGAUGAUCAAAAGAAGAACGUCAAGGGCCAUAUAGGCCUGUCGAAUGCUCAUACCUCAAAUGGAAAAGUCGAGAAAGAAGAAGUGCAUUGCACUAGGUGGAAAGCGUUGAGGUUCUAUAUCCUUGAAUGGGCAAGACAACAUCCUAGCAUGAGCAAUGGUGCUAUGGGACCCAGCGCUUGGGGCGUCAGAGCGAGGAGAGGCAGUUGGGCUAUAUGA